UCUAAGGGGUCUCAUUGGCGGUGGCUUUGGAUACAUAAACCCAUCCUUUCUUCGACUUCCUACUUCAAACCAAAUACUGAAAUACACUAGAAGCAAUUUUCAGUUUUCGUCUGUUUAAUUCUCUGUUACUGUAUUAACUCUUAUCUCUCAAAGUGUGGAAAAAAUAAGUGUCAAUAUGAGAUUGGUUAAUCUCAUUUUUCCGUCUGUGCUUCUUGUUCUUGCCAUUUGCCACUCUAUCUCUGCCUUCACCGAUGGUUUAUUACCGAACGGUGACUUUGAGAAGGGGCCAAAUCCAUCAGACCUGAAAGGAACAGAGGUAAUCAACAAACAUGGUUUACCAAAGUGGGAACUAUCAGGAUUUGUAGAGUACAUAAAAUCAGGUCAUAAACAAGGGGACAUGUUAUUAGUAGUCCCAGAAGGAGCAUAUGCAGUAAGACUAGGAAAUGAGGCCUCAAUUAAACAAAGUGUGGCUGUAACAAAGGGCUUAAACUAUGCCAUUACAUUCUGUGGUGCAAGAACUUGUGCACAAGAAGAGCAGCUCAAUGUAUCGGUGACGCCCGAAUGGGGUGUUCUUCCAAUGCAAACUUUAUAUAGUAGUAGUGGUUGGGAUUGUUAUGCUUGGGGUUUUGUGGCCCUUUCUAAUGUUGCUGAGAUUUUGAUCCAUAAUCCUGGUGUUGAGGAAGACCCUGCUUGUGGACCUCUAAUUGAUGCCAUUGCUAUGAGAGUUCUUUACCCUCCUAAAAGGACUAAUGUGAACCUAUUGAAGAACGGAAACUUUGAAGAAGGUCCUUACAUCUUCCACAAUUCAUCAUGGGGAACACUAAUCCCACCUAAUAUUGAAGAUGCGCACUCUCCACUCCCUGGUUGGAUGGUUGAAUCACUAAAAGCAGUGAAAUACAUUGAUUCGAAUCACUUCUUUGUUCCAUCAGGCAAACGUGCAGUCGAGCUGGUGGCAGGUAAAGAAAGCGCCAUUGCGCAAGUUGUCAGGACCACGCCCGGAAAACUUUACUCCUUAACAUUUGUUGUUGGGGAUGCAAACAAUGCGUGUUCAGGUUCUAUGGUUGUGGAGGCCUUUGCUGGCAAGGACACUGUCAAAAUCCCUUACAAAUCCAAAGGAAAAGGUGGUUACAAACGCGGUGUUCUUAGGUUUAUUGCUACUGAAACACGAACCAGGAUCAUGUUUUAUAGCACAUUCUAUGCAAUGCGAAGUGAUGAUUUCUCUUCCCUUUGUGGGCCUAUCAUUGAUGAUGUUCGACUUGUCACUGUUCGCAAGCCUUGAUUGUGAUUGCAAGGAACAGUUUAUUCUGUUGUUUGUGUCAGCCUAUUUGCAUCGGUUUUAAAUAAGUGUAUAACGUAAAAAGUCUAUUGUGUCGGUUUUAGGUAAUCUUAGUUUUAUUGAAUAAGAUAAGAUAUUACGAGGUGUUAGUUUGAUGGGAAAAUAUGGUAAAAAUUGGGGCCCUUUUUUGUUAUAUGUUGUGUUGAGGUAAAUUACACCUCUAUGUAUAAUGCUAAGCAAUCUGUUUUUAUGUUGCUGAGAAGUUAGAAACAUUUAGUUGAGAUAAUAAUAUCUAUGCAUAAGUUUAUAUACCAUCUAUAUGUAUGUGUUUCUGCUAAGAAACUUAUAUCAAACUGAUUUGGAUGGAGGUCUUGAUCGAAGGCAUUUUGAUCCUUAUGAU